AUGUCUAUCUUACAGGCAUCACAGAAAAUGGGAAGUACAAUUAUUAGUCAAAGACUUCAUGUUGGACUGCAGCAGCUUACAGCUUUGGCUGCUGUCACACAUUCCUUUUUGGGCCCCAAUAAAAAGCACAAGUUUAUUCAAGACGAGUCUACCGGGGAGUCGUCCUUGGUGUGCACAUGUUUCCGCGUCUUGGAGCACUUAGACCUGACCUGCUCCGUAGGUCAGCUGGCCAAUGAGACAAUCCAAGCUCACCAGAAGGUCUUCCACUCAGGCGCUGGGUGCCUGCUAUUUCUGGCUGGGGUCUGGAGCAGGGCUGCCCUCGAAUGUCUCCACAGAGGCAUUUCAAUCCCAUAUAUUGUGUCCACCAUGUCUGAAGGGCUGGAUAUAUGUUGGGAAGUCUGCAGGUCAAACAGUGUGUCGAUUGAAGACGUUCGACCGGUUGAUUCUGAUAGUGGCACAUCAGUACUCCAGGGCUCUCCACACACAAAGUUACAGAACCCUGUCACAGGGAUGAACUCUAGCCAUGGGGCCCUCAACAACAAGAAACAAAGCAGAAUAAAACUCACUCACAGCAGACAUUUUUGUGCAAAUGAUAAAGCUGAUGAGAACACCACACCAGGGUUAUUUUCCCAUGCAGUGAGUUCUAAAGGAGUUGAUAUUCCUCACCUCGCUGAAGCCGUGAGCCAUGGAUGUGUGGAUGCAAUGAGCUUAGUGGUUGAAGUGAGCCGGGUACAGUCAAAGAACAAUGGAAGUGGUGACAGCUGUAGAACAUUUGAUGUCAACAAGCUGGUAACGUGCACUUUACCAGGCUUGUCAGAGGACCAUUCAUGUGUUUUACCAGGUUGUGUUAUUCUGCUCUCUGCAGAGCAGGCUUCCCUUGUUCAUCACAUGAGAGAACAGAAGUGGCAAGUUGUUCUCAUUAACGGAGAUCUCAGUGAAAAAUAUCGCCAUCUUGGUUUCAAUAACAAGAAUGACAUCAGCCACGUGACUGACAAGUUGGACUUGAAAGGUGUCAGCAAAGAAGAUGAUUGGGAAGACAAUGUUUUAACAACUCUGUUGAAAAACAAUGUGAAUCUAGUUUUAGUCAAUGGAGAGGCUAGUGAAAGACUCACCCAGCACUGCAUGAGACACCGUAUUCUUGUGGUUGAGAGGGUGAAGUCCGCCAUUUUGAAGGACUUUGCAGAAACAACAGGAGCUGUCCCUGUCACCUAUGCCACACAACUGAGUAAGCACUGCGUCGGCACCGGGGUAGAAAUCUCCAUAUGGAGAGACUGCAGUGGCAACCGAAGGAGAGCAUCAAUGGCUGUGAACAUUGUCGCUGAUCGCACUGCGCUGGUCACAGUGGUCCUCACCAGCUCUGUGCACAGCAAGCUGCAGACCUUAGAGGACCGUUUCUGGGGCUGUGCCUAUCGGCUACACCACACACUGAAAGACAGGAAGCUGCUCCCUGGUGCUGGAAAGACUGAAUUGCUUUGCAUCCAUCACCUUCAAAAGCACAUUGAAGAGAAUGGUGUGCAAACAAGAGGCAAAGAUGGAGCCUCAGUCCCACAAGCUAAACAAGGAAGAGCAGGAAACCCACACAGGGCUGAUGUGUUUCAACUCAUGGCAGAUGGUUGGAUGGACUACAUUUCCACUCUGUUGUUGAACAGUGGAACAUGUUCAAAAGUGGACGCUUGGACUACAAUCAAUCAGCAGCUGAAAGAUUUGAAUGGAGGAUUAUCUGUAGAUGCUAUUUUCUCAAGAAUGCUAUUGAGAGAUGACACUGAGGAUGAUAUGAUGUCCCCAGAUAUGAAGCACAGUGCAGGGAAGGUCUAUGACAAUAUGACAGUGAAGUUGGAAGCAUGGAGGAAAGCCCUGGAUCUUGUUUUCCUUGUGUUACUGACAGACACUGAGAUCAUUACUGGCAUAGAUCCUAAACAAAUGGAGGGGCAAUUAAAUGUUAUGGCGCUUUGAUGGUUUUAAGUCAACACAUUGCUGUGUACUAUCAUUUUGUAUAUUGUCAUGUAAUGCAUAACAUGUCUAAAUGUGUUUUAUUCUUUGAAUCCAAAUAUGCUGAAAAAUGAAUAAACUGUUGUAAUUUCAGAGGUAUAAUUGAAGUUAUUAGAGCUUGUCAGCCAAUAGUAAAUUGCACUGGCCCAGCAACAUUUUACCACAUGGGGGAGACAAAGGAUAUGAGCCAUGUCACAUGGUUUCCAAAUCUAUGGCUAUAUCAAUAAACAUAUCAAAAUCCA